AAGUAAAUGUUUUUUUUUCUUUUCGGUAAAGCUUAUUCUUAAUAAUGCAAUAAUAUCGACCCGAUUAUGUUUUUCAUCAAAUUUUUAAGGUCAUUAAAUACAAUUUGGUAUAAUUCCACCGCUGCGACGAGAGGGGAGCACAGAGAUCUCUCGUUCGUUUUUCCCGGAAAAUCUGGGAAAUAGCAGAAAAUUUCCAUCGGAUCCCUCUGAGAAAAUUCGAAUCCCUAGUCCACGAGUUUUUUUUUCACCUAUCUUCGUCAUUCCCUCUAUUCGCUUUUUCUUCCCCCUUUUUUUUCUUCAGUCAUCUCUCCCUCACCGUUUUCGAUUUUUUUCCUACUUGAUGAUGAAAUUCUGAUCAGAUCUAGCUUAGAUUAGGUAGGAUUAUCCAGAGAUUAUGUUUAUGGAUCGAGAGAGAAGGCUUUCUUGUCGAAAUGGGACUCCGGAAUACAGCAACGGAAAAUUCCGCGAUGAUAAUGGUUACGGAUUCUUAGAUCGAUCGGAAAAUUGCCGCGAGAGGAGUCCUUCUAGAUCGUCUCCCUCGAGGAUCCUCCGGAUCCCGUCUCCGACCUCGUCUCCUCCACCUUCCAGCUCCUCCCCGCCAUUUCCCGGUUCCAGCUCUCCCGACCGUGGCUAUAUCGAGCACCGCGUCUCCAAGUUCGAUACUCUCGCCGGCAUUGCCAUCAAAUACGGCGUUGAGGUUGCAGAUGUCAAAAAGAUGAAUGGCCUUGUUACUGAUCUUCAAAUGUUUGCUCUCAAGUCUCUCCAGAUCCCGUUACCUGGAAGGCAUCCUCCUUCUCCAUGUUUAUCUAAUGGCUCCUUAAACCAUGGAGCAGAUCCUGUUUUCUUCAUGUCACUGCAAAUCUAG